GCUCUCCGCCCUCUCCCCAGCGGCAGCGACUCCGGGGAGCGACCGGCAGCAAGAAAACACCUCGACGCCCCCGGGCAUCUCUUCUCUUACCAUGAAGCUCCUGACAGCAGCUUUGCUUCUGCUGUUCAUCGCGAUGUGCUUAGCUAGCGCGGAAGGAGUAAAGUGCAAAUGUACAAGAAAAGGUCCUAAAAUAAGAUUCUCUAAUGUACGGAAGCUGGAAAUAAAACCCCGGUACCCCUUCUGCGUGGAAGAGAUGAUUAUCGUAACUUUGUGGACGCGGGUCCGAGGCGAGCAGCAGCACUGCUUGAACCCCAAACGCCAGAACACAGUGCGGCUGCUCAAGUGGUACAGAGUAUGGAAAGAGAAAGGCAGGGUUUACGAGGAGUAGAAGGAAACAGCGCAAGGAACGGACCAGACUCUCCUGGCUGACGUAGGACCGGACUCUGCAGAAGAUUAUUUCUCUCACAGACAUAAGACACAAAUUCUAUAUUAUUAUAAAGCACUUUUUACCAAGGGUCAGUUUUUACAUUUUAUAGCCGUGUGCAAAAGGCUUCCAGAUUUCAUAAGCAUCUCUUGCACUUCAGAUUUCAUACCCGUCUGCUUUGUACUGAGACUGGGAAAAACCUCAUGCUUUUCAUUUUAAAGAGGUCUUUUUUUUUAUUGUUAUUCAUUCAUACUUCACUAUGAUCGCAAUCGAGCUUUAUAAGCUCAUUAGACAAAUAUUGCUGUUUGUAAAGGUGUUACACGGUUGUGUCCCUCACCCUUCCACGCUGGGAGAGCUUCGGUGCUGUGGUUGUUUGUCGUGUUUGCAGCCUCCGCCACAGCAAGACAAACCGGGGACCGAAGACAGGUUUGCUGGGUAAAAUGCCACUGAAACGCAGUGGGCUGUAGCUGCAGAAGUGAGGUCCCUUAGCAUAUUGUCAAACGAAUACAGACAUCACUUCUUUAACGACCUGAGGUCUUGCUGCAAGGUGAAAUGCACCACAUAAUCCCAUUGAACACUGCGUACGCUAGAAAGCAUUUCUAGGUCAUUUUUAUUACUAAGAAAAUGUUUGUUCUUUUUUCCUCCACUUGAAGUUCAUACGGAAAGUUUGCAGCUGCAGUACUGAGACGUUUUAAGCUUCAAGACUAUUGUGUAUUAUUUCCUAGAUUUGUAGCAAAAAAACCUUUACAAGGUACCUUUUUAUGAAAAAUAUGAUAGGGUAAACAAAUAUCUAUGUGUUUUAGCCACAAUACAAUAUAUUCAUUAUUUUGAAUGUAAUACUUCAAUGUUAAGCGGUGCAUUCCUCUUUUUAAGAUAA